ACCGUUUACCAAUCCCACCUCUGUGCGUGCCGCGGCACCAAUCGUGACAUUUCGCAUUAUCGACGGGUGGAAGAGACGGUGAACGGGGGAGAAGGGUAUACCGCGCGCGCGGCGAAACCACCUGAAGUGCCACGCGAGUCACCGCGCGGCGCGAGCGUGACUAGGGGGACCCGCGCGAUAGGGUGUUGGCUUGUCUGUGCAGGGACGCUCUCGGAACGAAGGCCGAGGGAACGUUUACGCAACGACGCGUCGACUGGAGACCAAUCGAGUAGACGCGGUGCGUCUUGGUGCGUCUUCGCCCACUCGGGGAAUCACCUGCGGCGCGACUCGCGUCAAACUUCAGCGGGGAGACUCCGGGCGAUUACUCAUUGUCGAUAAUCGAUCUACGAGUGUGCCCUCGUUCGGCGACAAGCGGACGACUUCGGGGGACAAGGAACUUUCGCUUUUCGCCUUCCAUUCCUGGUGCGCGCCGCCGCGGGUUUACGCCGUGCCGUCUCGUCCCGCAACCUGACGUGACGUGACGUAAAUACGCGCACGGCUCUCACGGGCCACACCUGCUGCGCGUCGCGUGCUCCCGCGCGCUCCCGCACGCGCCGCGGAACAUGGCCAACGCGCGUGGAGGACGCGCGUACGGCGUCGCCCGUGGCUGCCUGUGCCUGCUGCUCGCGGCCGCCGCCGCCGCUUACGCCCAGGACUACAUCUCGCCCGGCAGCCGCUACUACAAUCGCGACGGCGUGUACGUGCCGCAGGACCCGACCGGCUACAAAACUUAUAUCUACAAGGACAGGAGGUACGGCUAUCAGCCCAGCUACCUGGAGCCCGGUUACAGGGGACCCACCAGGGCGCCCGAGGAUCGGUUUCAUUACGCCACCACUGAACGGCUUCCGCUGCCGGGAAUAUUAGCCGGCUGGCGCGAGGAUCUACAAGGAAGAGAAAGACCAGAUUCUAAAAAUUUUAGAGACAGAGACAUAGUUGUGACCACAAAUUAUGGUCCAGUCCAAGGAUUCAAAGUCGAGUUGUAUGACGAUCCGAAUGCGAAGCACAGACCCUGGAAUAUGGCAGUGGAAAGAGUGACAAAGGUUGUUAAUGUGUUUUUGGGCAUCCCUUACGCCAUGCCGCCUAUCAAAGAAGGUCGUUUCAAACCUCCCAGAGCUCACAGAGGAUGGCAACUUUUACAAGCUGUUGAUUGGGGACCUGCUUGUCCUCAGCCUAGCGAAUAUACUGGCACUACAAAGGGUGUGCGAGAUGUUGACGAAGACUGCUUGUACCUAAAUGUAUUUACACCAACUAUUGGCCAUGGAUUAGCGAAUAGAUAUCCAGUGAUGUUUUACAUACACGGCGGCGAAUUUAGCCAUGGGGCGAGUAAUCUGUUUCCAGCUCAUAUUCUAGCUGCCUUCUAUGAUGUUGUAGUGGUGUCGAUUAAUUAUCGGCUCGGCGCUCUCGGUUUUCUCAGCACUGGAGAUGAGAAUAGCCCAGGAAACUAUGGGAUUCUUGAUCAAGCUAUGGCAUUGCGGUGGGUCUACGAUAAUAUAGCUAGCUUCAACGGAGAUCCCGAAUCCAUAACGCUCUUUGGACCAGGUGCUGGAGCAGCGAGUGCAGGAAUACUAAUGGUUGCGCCAAGAACUCGGCAGAUGGUAUCAAAAGUAAUAGCGCAGUCGGGCUCAGCCUUAGCUGACUGGGCGGUGAUAAUUGACAAGUACCGUGCACAAAAUACGUCCCGAGUGUAUGCAGAGAUGCUCGGGUGCAGUAUAGAGAGCAGCUGGAAAUUGGUGCAAUGCUUGAAGGACGGGCGUAGCUUCCUGGAAUUAGGCAAUUCCGAAUUAAAGCCGCACGUCGGAAUGUUCCCGUGGGCACCUGUGCUGGAUCACAACUUCACAGUACCUCAGGAUGACUGGUAUGAGGAUUGGAGAGCGUCCGACUGGCGCUUUUUCAUGGAAACGCCAGAAGAGAGUAUUAAAGCUCGCAAAUAUAGGAAAGACUUGGCUUACAUGGCUGGCGUCACGACUCAGGAAGCAGCGUUUAUUAUAAAAAAUAAUGUCACAUUAGCAAGGAAUCAAUACAUAAUCACCCCUGAGGUAUUCGAUCAAAGGAUUUGGGAGUUGGUUCUUCAAUAUAAUUACACUCUGAAUCCGUAUGGCAUUUACGAGGCGAUAAAAUAUAUGUACACGUAUUGGCCGGAUCCAUUGAAUGUCACGCACAUACGCGAUCAGUACAUAAAUCUCUUAUCAGACUUUCAUUACGUUGCACCGUAUGAUAAAAUAGCAAAAUUGUUGGUGGAAAGGCACGUACCAACAUACCUCUACGUCUUAAAUACCUCGAUAGAAGCGUUCCAUUCGCCACAUUGGGCCCGAGUGCCCCACGAUACCGAGCUUUUAUGGCUAACAGGAGCACCGUUCAUGGACGUUGAAUUUUUCCCGCAAAAAUGGAGACUGAGUCGAGAUAUGUGGACUGACAACGAUCGCAAUAUGAGUUGCUUCUUCAUGAAGGCGUACUCUAACUUUGCAAAAUACGGAAACCCGACGCCUUCGCAAAUCUUGGGAUUGCACUUUGAUCUCGCGCGUCAUGGACAAUUGCGAUACCUCAACAUCAAUACGACGUUCAACAGCUCCAUUGAAAUAAACUAUCGUCAAACCGAGAGCGCAUUCUGGUCCAUGUACUUGCCGACUGUCAUUGGUUACCUCGUCCCUACAUAUCCUCCCGUUACAGAGUAUUGGUGGGAACCCAAACAGCCACUGCAAAUCGCAUUUUGGUCGAUGUCGACGGCGUGUCUGCUGCUACUUGUACUUUCUGUGGUGUGCUGUAUGCUUUGGCGUAACGCCAAAAGACAAUCUGAUCACUACUAUAGCGGAGACAUCCUGAUGGUACGAGACAAUGAGCACUCCGAGGGAAUCGAGAAUAUAACACGGUCCUCUAAAGAAAAUAUAUACGAGUAUCGCGAUGUACCAGUCAAGGCUAGAGUACCACGUCAAAACGAGACGAGGCUGCAGGAACGUCUGGCGCACAACAGAAAGUUCAGUUCUACACCGUCAUUACGUAGCAAUUCUAAUGUCUCGUUGAAAGAUAUGAGGUCGGAAGGCUUCGUUACGAGCUCGCCUAAUGGUCAGCCCAAGAUGGCGAAGACCAUGAGUCAAUCUUCACUGCCGAAAGCUAAAAGCAAAACACUUUUAGUACAGGGAGUACCACAAACAGCUGUUUAAUACUUAAGUUACCAUUAUACAACAAAAAAAUCAACGAUCUUUUGAUAUUUAUUUUUUAUACCUAGGGUUCUAGAUGCAAUUAAUUGUUUCUAAAAGAUGAUGACAUUGGUUUUUAAAAAUGCCAUAUAAAUUAUUAAAUUAAACUUUAAAACCGACAGUUUUGUCCAUUAUACUUUUUAAAAGAUAUAUAUGAAAUAAUAAUUAGGGUAUAUACGGACAAUAAUUGAGACAAUUAUAAAUUGGUAUAAUUAUUAUUAAUAUUCGCAAUCGUUUAGCGUAAAUGAUGCGAAAGUGUGUUCGUUGCUGAUUAUAUUGAAAUAUAAUCUUUUUGAAUUGUCAGAUAUUGCUAAGGUACAUUCUUUGUAAUAGCACAACGUGAUAUGUACACGAAUGUAUUCGCAAAUCAAAAGUUAUUAGUCACAUCUGCAUUUUGACAGCGUAAACACACGACAUUGCCAUUUGCAUGUAAGAUCUAAGUUAAUGAAUUUUUUAUCUUGAUACUUCUAGAUGUACAAUAUUAGAUUUUUAUAAAUGACACGGUUAUAUAAUAAUACUUACAAGUGGCUACUUUGUAUCCGUCCAUAAGAACAGAAUGAUUGUUAUAUAAAUGAAAAAACUUUAUAUAUUUUAUAUGUAUUAUGUAUGUAUAUAUAUUAUAUAGUAUGAAUAGUAGAUAUUUUAUAUUGCUUUAUAAAGCCGACACUCUUUUGUAGAGCAUAAGAUCAAGUUGUGUAAAAUAGCUUGAGAUCUACGGAUGAAGAAGACAAGUGCAAACGCAAAGUAGAGAGAACAUUUGUUUCGAUUUAGUCUGCCUUUUUUUCCAAAAUAAUUACGCAUAUGUAAUUACAGUACGUUUAAUAUAUUCAUUAGGUAAUGUAUCGAUAUUUGUAAGCAGGUUUCAAAUGCAACAUUCUGUCAUUGAUCCAGUUAUGCGAUUUAUUAUAUCGUUGCGUCUCUCGCGGAGACGCAAGCCGCCGGAUCCGGUGCGUUUCACUUCGCACCGUCACACUCGCACGCGCGUUCGCGGGAAUAGCAGAAGGCCGUUUUGCGAUAGGAAACGAUAUAGAAGAGGAAUACAAUCGGCCCACGACGCGUCUGCUCAAGGCAGGGGCCAAACUUCGAAUCCAUAACACAGUUCUAAACAUUAACGACUCUUAUCCAGGCGACUCCAGAUACCGGGCGUCCAAAACGCGGGCAUAACAAUAUGUUAAAUCUUUCGUUUGAUACGUACCGAUUAGAUGUAGACUAUAAGUGCCUCACUCGAUGCAAGAUUCAUAUUGUGUUAAGCGCACGAAUUUACUUCGCACGUUGCAGUUGCACGUUCAAUGUUUCUGUACGUCAAGCGUAGCUUUAGCGUUAACGAUCUCAUUGCUACCGGAGUUGUAAUGUAAAUGUAAGUCUGACACUUCUGAGAUUAAUAUUACACGCACGUUCGCGGUAAGUCUCGGGCGAUUUGUCUGCAAAUUGCGCAAAUGUGUAGAGCAAGUGAUUUGUAAGCACGUAAGAAUAGCGCCUUAAGAUUUUACAAAAGAAAAUCCUGUCAAUAAUUCCGUAUUUUAGAUUAUUGUAAAGCUAUAUUACAAUAUUUUGCACACA